UACCCAUUAUCAUUCAUUAUCAUCCCUUUAAAAAUGGAUGCUCGAUUAAAUUCUUGACAGAAAUGUUCAAAGACUCUUUUAAAUAUUACAAAAGUAGGGACCCGCUCCCUGAUCUUGAUGCUGUUAUCGAUCUUAAAACGCCAGAUUUAUCCAAAGUUAGAAAAAUUUCACCUGUUGACAUUGUGGAGGAGCAGCCUUCGUUAGGACUCAGGUCUACCGAGGAUUGGAAUAUUUACGAAAUUAUCGCCAAACCGGGUCUCAUUUUUAUAGAAAAUCCUUUCACAAACGCCGGUCAUCGGUAUUGGAUAACAAGAUGCGUUAAAGAUUAUUCCAGGAAGCCAAACAAAACGAAUCUUGAUUUGCACCGGGUUUUAUCCGAGCAUGAAGAUUGGUGGGAUGUGUGCUCUGAUAAUGUUGAGCGAGCCAAAGUUCUUUUGCCAAAGUUGAGAUGGGCAACUCUAGGUUAUCACCACAAUUGGGACACAAAAGUGUACUCCGAAAACUCCAAAGGCGAAAUACCUGAUGACAUGGUAGACCUUACAGAAUAUCUUGCGAGAAUUUCUGGUCUAUGUCAUUUCAAAGCAGAAUCAGCUAUAGUCAAUUAUUACAGAAUGAAUUCAACUCUUUCUGGGCAUACGGAUAAAUCAGAAAUGGAUUAUGAUGCACCGUUAUUUUCUGUCAGUUUUGGUCAGACUGGAAUAUUUCUAAUCGGAGGCUUGUCGCUUGAAGAUCCAGCAGAUGCCCUGUUACUUCGAAGUGGAGAUGUUGUUGUCAUGUCAAAAGGUUCUCGCCUGAGGUAUCACGGUGUACCUAAAAUCUUACAAGCAGAUUCUACACCUUGGAAAAAUGAAGAGUCUGUGAACGAUUGCAAAUCGAAGACGAUGUUCCAUGAUUGGGAUAAAAUAAUGUCAUACAUCUCUGAAUCCCGCGUCAAUAUGAAUGUUAGGCAGGUCUUAAGACCGGGACAAGUCUCGCUUGAUGAUAAAGUUCUGUAAAUAUAUUCUUAUAUUUCAGUAUUAACCGAAGUGAAUAUUAUUUAAUACGUAGAAUCAAUUGUUAGGAUAAAAAAUUGAAAUUCAUUCAAAGAUUUAGCAAUAGCGGCUGAAUAAGUGCUGAAAAAAUUCUUCAAUAUU